GUCACGUGACUCUUUAUGAGUAUAGGCCGGGUAAUGUUUCUUCCCUGUCGCCAAACCAAAACGUCUCUAAGCCAUUGCAACUUGCCUGCUCGAGUAGUGAGAGGUAUUGGGAGACACAGUCCACAAGAUGUCUCAGUCUCAGUUCAACUAUUCCCUUGUUCGGAUAACCGUGAUGCAAAUUCUUCGAGGCAUCGGAUUCGACAGGUGUCCUAGCCAUGUCAUUGACAUUUUAACAGAUUUGUACGUUAGAUACCUCCUUCUUCUAACCAGUGAAGUACAGUCACUGGCAGAACAGGCCCAGAAACCUUCGAUCGAGAUCCAGGAUAUCACACAAGCGCUCAUCAACGUUGGGAUGCUUAAGCCUGUUGACAUAUUGGACGUUUACGAACAGUACGACACCAGCAACAGAGCAGCACAGGAUUUCUUGCUCUGGUGCGUGGGACACGUACCUGAGAAUGCACGUAACGUGAGUAAGGUGAACCUGGAGAUGAUGGCGAGCGGGAAGCCAAAGAUGGCACAUUCAGCAAUACCGGAAUACAACGCACAGAUACUUCAAUCCUCACAAUCACAAGUGUCGUUAAACCCUCUAAAAUCACAAGAGUUUGAACCUCAGGUGGAGGAGGACUGGCUGACGUUCUUGAUGAAAAGAGGGAAGAAACAGGAAUCCUUCAGAAGCACAACGCUAAUCAGGAACCAUCUGCCAAAGAGCGACUACUACGUGAGUGGUCCCACACCGGACGAGCUUGUCGAUAAACUACCGUACAAUCAAAAACCAGAGGAGUUGGAGGAGUACCAAACAGAAGACCUGAAUACCACUGGAGAUCAACUCAUCAACUCAGGGUUCAUACCUCCGUCUGACAGUUACUGGAGCUCCCAACCGUUGAAUUGAAACGAACCCACUUCACGAUCCAC